AUGGACGUCGAUGCACCCCUAUUUAACCCUGCGAAGAGACGGAAGUUCAUGCGCCGACGAGCUGACGAUACGAGACCCGAAGACGAAGUGGAAGCGAAGGCAUCAACACCGACUGCGCCUGAUACACCGGCAUCAUCGGCUCCAGAUGGCGUGGAAACAGACGAGAUGGGAGUCGCUGAUAUAUUGCGACUUCGCAAGAACAAGGCCAGGAAAGGCGGCAUCGAGUUCUCGACGUCUCGUUCGUCGCGCAGUGAUGCUCUCGUGCCAGCUGCUGAGACCACGGCCGAAGGCCGGUUAAGUGGUAUAUCAGAUCGAUUUGUCGGACACUCCGGCCAGAAAGUCGACGUUGACAAGCAUAUCGAUCCUACCAAUCCUGCAGAUGGCCAGAACCAGUCGCGGCAGGCGGCGGAACAUACGUCUGCUGCCGACCUGCAGCUUCCACAGAGACAGCCUGCAACUCUAGGCAAAUUACACGAGAUAGACCUCGGACCAGACUCGAAGCUCCAGAACAUUGCAAGGACAGAGGCUGCCACCAGGAACCUUGCCAAGGGUGAUUCCGCGGCACCCGAAGAUGAGGAAACGGUGAACAAAGGCAAACAAACUCGCGGCGGGAGGAGAAGGCGUAAUAGCGAAGAUAUAAUGCGAGAUCGGCUCGUAGAAGAAGUUUUGCGCGAAAGUAAACUCGAUGUCUAUGAAGAGCCCCAGAGCCACCUAGAUGAGGACGAUCAGGCUGCAGAUGAUCGAAUAGCAGAUCAGUUCCGUAGAGAUUUCCUUGACGCCAUUCACUCGAGAAGACGCGGAGCCCGUACCCGGAACACUAAAACCUCCAAGACAGACGCACCACGUGGACCGAAACUCGGGGGAAGUCGUAGUGCCAGAGCAGCCAUGCGAGAGCAGCAGAACAAGGCUCAGAAGUAG